AUGGCGGCUGAUUUAUUACUAGAAGAGGACAUUCCCGGGGCAAAGUUUGUUCACGCGUCGGUAGAGGAACACACAAAUAUUCAGUUAAAAAGAUGGUUGAAAUGUCGUGGGCUUCCUACUUCUGGAAAACGACCGGAUUUGAUAGAAAGAUGCCAGAAUGCUGUAAACAACAAUGUUAAAAUUGAUCUGAAAGUUGACGAUGGUAAAUGGCUGAAACUUAAAAAGAAUCCAACACCCGCUGCAUCCCAAGUUCCCUAUGUUCCAAUUCAAGGCUGGAAGAAAUUUCCAUCUGUGUCUAUACCAAAACAUUUUAAUCAUGGGUAUAUCUACUAUUACCUUGUGGAAUCAGUAGCAUCAGUAGAGUGUGACUCAAACAGCUCUGAUGAUGACUGUCAAGAUGAUGUACAUACUAGCAAACCAUUUACUAAGGGUAUGAAUCUUUUUAGGAGUGGUCAUGUGAAAAACAUACAUGAUGUCAGUUGUAAAGGACACUAUUUUGUUAAAGCAACAGUGUUGGCUUCCUACUCACAACAUUUCUACAACUGUACAAUAACAUUAUCCGAAUCAUCAGGAUCAGUAUUAGAGGGAACAUGCACUUGCUCUGCUUCUGGCUUGGGCAGAUGUUCUCAUGUUGCAGCUCUGUUGCUUGCAUUGGAGGACUACACUAUUGAAUUUGGGACCGACUUGCCUACCUGCACAGACAAACUACUACAGUGGAACAAAGGUAGAAGAAAAAAUAAGAAUCCUGAGACAAUUUUCAACAAGGAAUACAAGUCCAUGAAAAAAACUCUUAAACGUCAAAAAACCUCAGUCAAAAAUAUCUUAAACUCUGAUCCAAGACCUGAAGAACUGAGGGAGAAUGAAGUAUCAAAUGAACAGAAAAAUGAAUUUCUAUCAAAUUUAGUCAUGAAUGGACAAGAAUGUGGAUGGACAAAUUUAUUAGAUUUUCAUUAUGAAAAUUUCAGCAUAGAUGAUUAUGGUGUAGAUAUUCUAAAGAUUCAAUGUAGACAAUUUAUUGAUAAUUUAAAAGAAAUGUGUUCUGAUAAAUGUUCCCCAUUUGUAGUUGAUAACACAGUAGGUCAGGCAUUAUCUCUGAACUGGCAGGUAAAUAGAUGGUGCAGGGUAACAGCAUCAAAUGCGAAAGAUAUCAAAUGUGUCAGAACAGGUAUUACGAGUCUAGUCAAUAGACUUCUGUGGUCAGUUUCCCCUGUAACAGCAGCCCUACUGUAUGGGAGUGAACAUGAAUCUGAUGCUCUUGCACAUUACAGACAACAACAUCCAAACUACAAUGUGCAGGAAACGGGUUUGUGGUUGAACCCAAAACACCCUACUCUUGGAUGUAGUCCUGAUGGAAUAUUCAUUCAUAAAUUAAAUGAAACAAAGGGUCUAGUUGAGAUCAAAUGCCCAUAUGUGCUUAGAAAUUGUAAUCCCUUGAAUUUCAUAGACAAUCUGUCAACAAAGCAAUGUAGAAAUUUUUGUUGUGUUAAAGAUAAUCAAGGAAAUUUGAGACUCAAAAGAAAUCACAAAUACUAUUAUCAGAUUCAAAUGCAGUUAGCUUUGUGUGAAUUAGACGUUUGCGACUUUGUUGUCUGGUCUCCAAAGGGUAUGUCAGUGGAGAGAAUAUCUGUCAGUAAUGACUUGUGGUCUUACAUGUGUCCUCAACUUGAGGCUUUUCAUAGAGAAUAUCUUGUUCCAGAAUUUUUCCUCAUGCGGCUACCUCGUGAACUUGAAAUUAUACAGCUUAAGUAUUAG